GUGAUUUGCAAAUUUGACCGAGCUGCUUAGCAAAAAUUUAUUUCUGAUUUUGAAAAAUCAAAGUUUUGAUGAAUAAGAUAUAAAAAAUGUAACAAACUGUUUUGCUAGGUAGUUUUUGCUCGAUAAUAUCUCAAAAAAGGGGAAAGUAAUUUCAACAUUUGAAUUCUAUGAUGUCAUUAGGAACUUUGCAGCUUAUGAAUGCAAGCGCUCUUCACAUAUGCCUCGCAUUUGAAAUUGUUUUGUGUGGUGUGGAGGUGUGUGGUUCUAUUUUCAUGUGUUGCCAGUUUUUUUUUUUAAUUCGGUAUUGAAGUGAAAUUUCUGAGUGGAAAAAUGUCCGAUAAAGAGAAUCAGCAGGAGCCGGAGUCGUCGGCGGCUCCCGAGGCCGGGGAGCCGGCUCCGGCCAAGUCGGCGCCGGCCGCCGGUGAUGAGGACGAGGAGCCCGAGGCGGCGCACGACCCGCACUACGAGCCCAUCGUCUCGCUGCCGCUGGUCGAGCUGCCCGACAGCGAGGCCGACGAGGAGACCCUGCUGCAGCUGCGCGCCAAACUCUACCGGAUGGACCGCUCCGGCGAGCAGCCCGAGUGGAAGGAGCGCGGCACCGGCGACGUCAAGAUCCUCCGGCACAAGAGCAAGCCGCGCGCCCGCCUGCUCAUGCGCCGAGACAAGACGCUCAAAGUGUGCGCCAACCACUUCGUGACGCAGAACAUCAAUCUGAUGCCCAACUGCGGCAGCGACCGCGCCUGGGUCUGGAGCGUCGCCUGCGAUUUCUCCGACGAAGAACCCAAGUCCGAGAUGCUGGCCAUCCGAUUCGCCAACGCCGAAAAUGCGAAGAAGUUCAAGGAGGUAUUCACGGAGGCGCAGAAGAUAACGCGGGAGGACCCUACGCUGCCGGAGGAGGCGACCGAGGAGCGCGAGGCCGAGCCGGAGCCGGAGCCGGAGACGGAGGCGCCCGGAGGGGUGACGGACAAACUGGCCUCGCUGACGGUGCGGGAGGGCGCCGAGAGCUAGUGGAGCGCCCCCGGGCACGGGUCGCGCUGUCGCCGGUUCUCUCAGACAGCGGUGGGUCGGUGCGCCGUGCCGGAGCGCGGUGCUUUUAUUUACCAGUGUGUCUAUGCACCCGGCGCUGGUGCGAAAAUCUCGCUGGCAUCGACUGGUCGCGGGCGGCGGCGAUACGCGAGCUGCCAGCCGGGCGACUGUUCCGUUAGCUGUCACAUUUCGUUGCAUUUGUCGUGUACCAUGAGCUGAGCGGCAUUCCAUUGUUUCCGUUUUGGCUUUUGUCGGCUGCUUUGCGUUUGGUGGUGUGGAGCACAUUCCUGUGACACGGCGGACUACUGCGGGCUGUGUAUCGCACGGGAACCAAAUCAAAUUCGGCGUGUGCGCUGUGGCGACUUGCGGCGCGUUGUUAGCCUGGCUGCUGGCGUGCUCGGCAUGCUGUGCUCUGUCGACGUAGUGUGGACGUGUAUUUGACGUGACGUGAUGUGAACGUCUCCGUCAUCCUGGUGAGCUGACCGCUGCGGUCCACAGUUGGAGGCGGCUGGCCUGAGAACAGGUUGUGAUGACGUCAUUCCCAGGGUGGAAUAAAUCUGACUGGCAUUUUCGCCA